UACUAAAGGCUGUUCAUGCUGUGCUGUCCUGUUGGGUUAAAGACUAAGCAGAGACCAAUUGAUGUUAGGACAUAUUAAGGUUUUUGAUUCAUGUGUCUUCCAAUAUAGUUUUUUUCUGAGGACAAAUCUGGCCUCUAACUACCCUGUUGAAAUUUUGGAAUACGAGUCUGUUGCCAUAAUGAGGAGUCUCUUCUUCUGUAUCUCAGUACUGGUUGUAUUUUGGUCUGAUAAGGCUCUCUGCAAGUCAGCAUUUUCUAGCAGCCCAAAAGCACACAUGCUCCUGCGUUCAAGAAGAGCCAACACUUUUAUGGAGGAAAUAAAGCCUCCAUCGUUGGAGCGGGAGUGUAGGGAGGAACUGUGCGAUUUUGAAGAAGCAAGGGAAAUCUUUAAUACAAGGGAAGCCACGCUGGAAUUCUGGAUGGCAUAUAAAGAUGGAAACCAGUGCAACUCCAAUCCAUGUGUUCAUGGGAAGUGUGUGGAUCUGUUACAAGAUUACUCCUGCACCUGCAACACUGGAUUUGAAGGGAAACGCUGUGACCUGCGCAGAACAGCCACUAACUGCUCUGUGAACAAUGGGGAUUGUGAUCAUGAAUGUCACGAUAGUGAGGGUGGUCUUUUUCGCACAUGCAGUUGUAUUAAAGGAUACCAACUACAAGACAACUCUAGAAAAUGUAUUGCCAAAAGUGAGGCUUCAUGUGGCCAGAUUCGGAUCGCAAAGUCAUCUUAUAUUAAUAAGCCUUUAGUAGGUUUACAGCCGUGGGUAAUAGGAGGUACAGUUGGCAAAAAGGGAGAGAGUCCCUGGCAGGCUCUUAUACUCAAUCAUUUGGGCACGUUUCAUUGUGGUGGAGUUCUGAUUGAUGAAAACUGGGUUCUCACUGCUGCUCACUGCCUAGAGAAAAGUACAAGGUUCGCUGUCAGGCUGGGUGACUACGACCGAUUUAGGAUUGAAGGAUCUGAGAUGACCCUUCCUGUAAAACAAUCUAUCGCCCACCCACAAUACAACCCUUUCACUGUGGACAAUGAUAUAGCUCUGUUGCACUUGGCUACACCAGCCAAAUUUUCCACAUACAUACUCCCAGCAUGCCUCCCUAGCCAGAACCUGGCCGAACGAAUGUUGCAUCGUAACGGUACUGUCACAGUCGUCACUGGCUGGGGGAAGGACAACGAGACCGCUCAUCGCUACAGUUCAACUCUCAACUUCAUUGAAAUUCCAAUUAUAGACAACAAAGAGUGUUCCAGGCAUAUGAUGAACAACCUUACUCAAAACAUGCUUUGUGGGGGAGUGCUGGGGCAAAUAAAAGACGCUUGUGAGGGGGACAGUGGGGGUCCAAUGAUGACACUGUUUCAUGAUACAUGGUUCCUCGUAGGUCUGGUGUCCUGGGGAGAAGGCUGCGGGCAAAAAGACAAACUUGGCAUCUACACCAAAGUGUCCAGCUAUUUGGACUGGAUAGAUAGCGUUCGUCAGGGGUGGGAUAAAGUUUAGACCCCUACCCGUCUACCCUGUUUUGCCUAUUACAGAAAAUAUAAAUCAGUGUGCUCCCUAUAGCUCUUUGGUGUAUAGAAAUUGACAUUUAAUAAACACAUUAAUUAAAACUGCUCUUAUUUUCCUGUUAUCUGCAUGUUUGGAAAAGUAAUGCUGUCAGUAAAUAAAGUCGACAAAAGUUACACAUUAUGUUUUAAUGAGGCUAUAA